UUCAUCUUUUAGGCUCGCAUUUCUUUUAGUUUUAGUAAAAGUUUUUCAGUAAAAGUAAAGCUUUAAAAAACUAUUAUUAAAAGUAUUUUUAAAAGUUACUCUAGUUGAUAACAUUAAUUUAAGUUAGUCUAAUUAAAGUAUAUGAACAAAAUAUGGUGUGAACAUUUUCGGAAAAUAUGGUUUCAAAAAAUUUCAUUUUUGGACUUUCACUUUUAUGUGUUUGCGUUUUUUUCCACGAAGUCAAAGGAAGACGUAUAUCAGCAGUAGUGCAGGAGCUUUUAAAAUUAAGCGAUUCUUUUGAAAAUGACUCAAUAAACGAUCGUGAUCAAAAGCAACCAGAUAUAAACAAUGAAGAUCUUCCUAAAAAUGGAGAACUCUUUGAGGGUGACAUAGUAAUGGAUGAAAACAUUCGUAGAGCAGUUCUAGGGUAUAGUAGCAAAAAAAGUGCUGAUAUAAAUUCUAAAGAAGGUGGGUUCAGACACUGGAAGGAUGGCAUAGUUCCUUAUACAUUUCAUAAAUCAUUAGUUCCAGUCAUUCGUGAACAGAUAAAUGAUGCCAUAAAGGAAUUUAAUCUUCUUACAUGUAUUAGAUAUGUUCCAAAAAAUGAAUUUGACAGAGAUUAUGUUACUUUCAGAUCUUUGACAAAUGGUUGCAGUUCGUCUGUAGGGAAACAAGGUGGUGAGCAAUUUAUUAAUCUUGGUAUAGGCUGUCGGAAAUUUGGAACAGUGAUGCAUGAAAUGAUGCACACAGUUGGCAUUAUUCAUGAGCAGUCAAGACCAGAUCGCAAUCAAUAUAUUGAUGUUCUUUAUGACAAUAUCAAACCAAAGUUGUUGCACAAUUUUCGAAUGUACUCACUUAGAGAUGCUGAUAAUCUUGAUGUGCCCUACAAUUACUGGAGUGUUAUGCAUUACAACAACUAUGCGUUUUCAUCUAAUGGUAAAAAGACUUUAGUAUCGAAAUUAGAUAAAACAUUAAAUUUUGGACAGAGAUAUCAACUUACACAUUUAGAUGUCAUGCAAAUUAAUAAACUUUAUCCCGGAUGUCAGCAAUCAAAAGUAGACUAUAGUGAUGCUGAUUUCCUUGUCAAUAACAUGACACCACAUGAUGUACUAAAAGAGAAAGACGAAGAAGCUUCAGAUAUGCUUUCACUCAUGGCUUCAGCAGAAUAGUUUCGAAAUUACGUUGUAAUGUUGUAUAACGCGAUAAAAUCGAAGUUA